CAGUCCCAGGGAACCAACCAAUCUAAUGUCGAGGGAAAUGGACUGCGAAUUCAAGCUUCUCGUCAUCAAAAACUCUUGUUAUCAUGUUUUAGACGUGGUUACAAUCAGGACAUCCUGCUCAAUACACCCACGAUAAGCCAAAACGCUGUAUUUUGGGUGGUCAGAUACAGAGUUUGACCCCCGUGGAUCCUAGACGAAAUUUUUUCGGCUGAAAAGUAGUUGUUGACCUUCUCCCAGAUGCGAGGAUGCUCUCUGCAAAGUUUAUUUGCAUUUGGUUGGGUGCUAAGAAAAUGCAUGAAGAACAAAGAAACAGACAAACUUUCUUCUUUAUAUAUAUAGAUUUUAUGAGUCGAGAUUUGCAAAUUAGUUAUUUUUAUUUACGAUAAAAACUUUUUUUUAAAUAUGCUUCUUAUUUCAAGAGUAUGGACUAUUCGACUAAUUAUAUAGAUCUUUCAUUGGGUGAAACAUAAUAAACAGAAGUUCUAUUUAAUACCAGAUAAAUUUUUUCUUCACUUGCAAUUUUUUGUUAUUCUUUGCUAUUUCCAGUAUGAACUUUUUAGUUUUGCUGUUCUAUUUGUUUAUAUUCGAAGAAAGUUUGAAAUUCGUGUGAAAUGAGAGCUGAACAAAGCAUCGGAAUACUUAUACUCGAGGAUUUGGCACUGGUACACGCAUUAAAAUUCUCUAAAGGAUAAGACUGAAUCAGGUCAUUUUCCCGAUCUUGGGAUAUUUUAGUUGUUUGUGUUAAAAUUAAUUUAGUGGCGACUGUCAAUUACUGUUCGACGGCUUAUUUUGGAACAUGUCUUGACUAAUCUUUCGAAUCACUUCGGUGGCGCUCUAUAGAAAUGAAAACAUUUUCUUGUCGCUAUAGAGGAUUACAAGUAGUAUCCGCCAGGUAUAAAAUCCCUUGUUUACAAUGUCCGAAUCUGACCAGACAGGACUCACUGCAAAAGAAAAUUCAGUAGUGCUUUGAGUAUCAUUAGAUCACUAUUAGAAUUGACUAGCUAUCUUAUGACGUCGAAGCGACUACCAGAUUCUGAUAGAAGAGCCUCGUUGGUAUUAAGUAUAUGGUUUAGGCUCGAGACCAAAGAUUUUGAAUCCGAUGAAUAUGACUCGAAAACUUGAUUGAGAAUUGAUGGAAACUAAACCAUUGCAACUUUACUGGGUGCUGUCACUGGAAUAGUUUUGACGUAAAAGCGAACAUAUUUUGAGAGUAGAAAAACGGUUUCAUCAGUUCGCGUUAUGCUAGAAAGAACAUAUUGCAAUAAAAUGAGAUCAGGCACUUAUUUCUGUUCUUUGAAGAUGAAAUGAAUAACGAAGUUCUUCUACCCCUCGAACGCAGAUAAAAGUGCACCCAUAUAUACUCGAUAAUUGUGCAGGAACAGUCUUGAACACGUAUUUCGAAAUGAUCGUACUCAAAGUUCUGAUUUUUCAAGUGAAAUUUUCGCUGCACUCGCAUUCGAGAAAUUCUUUAUUAGCCCACCUCUAUCGAAAUUCAAGAAAGACGUAAACAAUCAGUCGUAGUGUUGGAAAAACUUGUCUUGUGUCUAUCUUUGAUAAAAGCACUCAUAAUCCUACGGGUCCGUGGUAUGUGAUAUCGAAAUGGACUCUUGAAGUGACAUCAGUUCAAGGUCAGCUAUGCAUAUCUUUCAUCUAUUACAGAGUCAAGGAUUGUGAGAAAAUUUUUGUAAAAUCGAGAGUGGAGCCAGACUGGAACCGCAGCUGAAUGAAAAAGAACGAUUUUACAGAUUCUUGAUGAGCAAACCACACAUCCUAUUUACAUUUCUUACCUUUGCGUUUUGGAGUCGUAACACUCCCUCGAGUUAUUUCAUAUUUGCGAGGUAGCUAAUAUUAUAAGUUGAGAAACCAAAUGGCCGUAGUACUCAAAGAGUCAAUACUACAGUGGAUGAGAUUGGUUGAACUCAUACUGCAAGCGUAAAAGAAAUUGACUAGCUUUCUUGCUCGCUGAUAGAAGAUGAAGGAGAGUUCAAAUUCUUCUUUUUCUAGAUUGUCUCUUUUGAUGGGAGAUGAUCACCACUAGUUCUACUGUCUACUGAUGAAUACUGCUAUCACACGUACUCUCUUCUCUUAAUUUACAGAAUCCUGCAUCUUUAAAGAUAUAUUAGGAAUUGUUCUUUUUUUUAUGAGUCAUUAUACAAAAUGAAAUUGUUUGUUUAGAAAAGCCCAACUUCUCCGAAUCAAAAAGUAAAUCACCAUACUCUAACAAGAAACUUGAUUGUAACGGACGUGCUUGUGUCGAAUGUGGCCACUGUCGUGAUUGGUACUGGCGUCCUGAUGGUAAUGACAAGGAUUAUACAAAGCGUGACGAUGCAACUUGUACUUCUGAUGGUUGCGAUCGUGGUUUCCGUUUUCCUUUUCGUGAUGGUCGUUUUUGUUUUGUUGAUGAUGAUGAUGAUAAUGAUCGUCGUCGUGAUUAUUAUCAUUUUAUUUACUCUAUUUCUUAUUUUGGUGGUAUUGAUGUUAUUGAUAAUCGUCUAUGUCAAUGUGACGAUAAUCGCUCUUAA